AUGAUCACAUUACGGGUAGCACAAAAGUUGAGGGUUUUGCCUGGAAAGCUAGGUAACAUUGUUUCUAGUCGGAAGAAUAGUAAUAGUACAAUAAAUAGGAUUAAAGAUUUCGUAUUUGCGACAGAGAAAGAGAAUUUCCAUGAUGAUUUUGUUAAACGUUCUCAUAAUUGGGAUGGUAUAGAUAAGGAUAAGUAUAUGCUCAUAUAUAGAGACAUAGGUGCUUCUCGGUCUUACUUACUAGUUUCAACAAUUGUUCCCAUUUCUUUUCUCGGUGCUUUAUACAUUAUAUGGGAUGUUUCGACUCAUGAAAGAGCUGAUAGGUCUGAUGCAGUUAUUCGUCUUCAAAAAGAUGCUGAAGAUCUUGGAGCUCUUAUUGUAUUGCCGAGCAUUGCUUUGGUUCUCGUAACAGCACUCGUUCUUCGAGUACAUAGAUGUCGGCUAUUGAGGAUUUAUCAGGACAAGAAAAGCUUGGACGAUUAUGUAGCAAUAUCUUCAAAAGCUAUUGUUGGUCAGGAGCAAGUGAAGUUCAACCGAUCUGUUGCUUCAGCAUUCUACUACGCAGAAGACCAAGGUGAUGUACUAAGAAUGGCAUUGCAUUUUCUUUUUGGAAAUAUUCAGAUUGAGUCAAAAAAAUAUAUGGUGAUGGAUGACUGCUUCCGAGCUAACAACUUCCGUUCUUAUAUGCUAAACGAGACCAGUGUUCCUCCCAGAAUGGGAGGACGAAUCAGCUAA